AUGGCUCUGUGCCAUGAAAUCGUGCAAUAUUUAACCCAUCGUUAUCUUCUUCACAGCUCUAACAAGACAAUGAUGCGGAUAUUACGCCACUCGGUACACCACACCACAAAGGCUAGCCGGGGGAUUAGUGCCUGCUAUAUGAGCUCGGUGGACUUCUUCCUCGAGAUUGUUCUUCCAUACCUUAUUCCACUCACUCUAGUGGGUGGCGGUGGUACCGACGUCCGAUUUCACUACCUCGUUGCAGGCCUCGGGGCUAUGGGUGGAGUUUACGAACAUUCAGGAUAUGAUUUUGGCGUGCGACUGCGCAAGCAGCCAAAGUCGAUAGAUGGGGCCGAGAAUUCCAAGUUACAGAUUCCAAGAUUCUUAAUCUGGAUUUUGGCUGGGAUUCUGGACAAUCGCUCUCAUGGGGAGCAUCAUGCGCAGUCCAAUGUCUCAUUUGCUGACGGAUUCGGGAGUCCUGGAGCUUGUGACACACUAUUUGGGACACGAUUUAAUUUAUCACAGAGGAAUCAGGCGCUAGCAUAUAAAGAAUAA